UAUUAAACCUGCUCGGUACCGCCAUACCUUGCCGUCGACAAUUUAACUCAACGACUGUCUACGUAAUUCUUUUAAAUUAGCUGUUCUGUAAAGGAGGGAAUAUAGUUUCUGUUAACAUUUAGAAACCGGUUUUUAUUUGUAUUGUUUUUAAUAAUUCAUUUUAACAAUACUUUAAUUAGAUUGAAAAAUACUUUACAUCAUGAAUAUAUCAGUGCAAUUGCAUUUGAUCGGAUGCCAUUUAAAGUGACGUCAUUCAAUCAUGACCGAGGAAUUUCUUCAAACAUUCGUCUUAAACGGAGGAUAAUUAUCGAAAUAAAAACAAGACAAUACACGUUCUUUUGAGCAGCUUUGUAAUUCAAAAUGGCGUGUAGUGGAGAAGAAGGGGAGCAGAAUCACGCUAAACUGAUACAGCUUGAGAAACCUGUUCAAAAUACGCUGAAAGCUUUGCUUGAAAACGAAACAACUAAGCAAGCAACAACGAUUGACCAGUUAUUAUUUAAUCACAGGAAAUCUUUUCGACGCAUUGGAAAGUCUGCUCAACAUUUGCUUUUCCCCCAAGGGAAUCAGCCACCAAAUCCAGAUGCAUGGGAUCUAUCAUUGUCCUGUAAUGUUUUACGUAACUGCUUUUUGAUGCAAACAGCCCAGGAAAACGAUGUUAAUGCUGUUCGUACUACGCGUAACGACAUUCAUCAUUUGGCUAAGCCGUUUAUUAGCAAUGCCGAUUAUGCAAAGUAUACACAUGUCUACAAGAGCUUCAUCACAAACACGUUGAAUUAUAUAAAUGAUCAAGAUUUAAAGGCAGUCAUAAACGAGCAAGUUCAAGAAGCAGAACGGCCCGUUUCCAAACAAGUUAUUGAAAUGUGUCAUUUUUUUCACAAAAGUUAUUUCUCCAAUGCUGACGACGUGAACGGUAUUAACGAGAACAUCGAUGAGAAACAUGAUAUUCUUUUCGAGGAACUUCAAGAGUUGAAGAGAUUUAUCAGCACAUUGUCAAAAGAGUCGCAGUCGAAGCUUAAACCUCCAGAUAUAGCCAGCUUUAAACUACUGAUAAAAGAAUGUAGUCCCGAUGAGGAAAAAAAAAUAUCGCAAAUCUUGGUUCGAAUUUUUGGAGAAGAAUUAGGAAAGAAAUGCAACACACUGCCGGAUGAUACAUGUGAAGCGCUUAAAGAUGUUGUGAGGAAGCUACUUAAGCGUUUUCAAGAACAAGCUGAACUGAUAUACGCCGAGUAUGGAUGUGUGUGUAUCUUCACCCGUUUUUACGACUUUUUAUCCUACAUGGAUUUUUUGGACGAUUUGGUGAAUGGAAAGCUAACAAAAAUUGCGCUUCCACUUCAAAAUGCUUUAAGAUGUUGCUUUGGAAUCGAAGACUUACAAGUAGAGUUGGUCAUGGAGGAUGAGCAGUUCUUACAAUGCUUCAAAAACACACUGGACUGCGUGAAGAAUGUUCACCCCUCAUUGAAGAAAACGACACGUGAAAGCGACCAAUGUGACAAAACGUUACCAAACAGUGCUGCACAAAGCCCAGUGCAUUCAGACGCACCCGUUGCUGAUGCUCCAGACAUUAUAAUGUCGACCUUUUACACUGAGCUUGACAAUAACAUAGAUUUAACUAUAUCCAAGAAUGAUGCAAACAAAUAUGGAAUGGUUCUAAAAGAUGCCAUAGAAAUAUUUAUAGCUGGUCAGAGUCAGAGACAAGCCCCUGCAGUAGGGGCAGAACGAGAGGUAAAACGGUUGACAAAAGAGUCCAACAAAGCCGAAGAAGAGUCCAUUUCGCCGACAGGAAAGGAUCAGGUACAAUCUAAUCCAGGAGAAGCAAUGGCCAUUCGAUUAACCAAACAGUAUGCCGAAAGUGCAGACGGACUCAUGUUGCAAAAUGGAACUGGUGAGGAACAAUCGCCUUGGGUAAAGGCAGAAGAGUUGGGCAUUCGUUCAAAGGAACAGUCGUUCGGAAUUAUAGACGAAACCCUAUUGCACCAAGGAAAGGGUCAUGUUCAAUUUCCCGCGUUGGAAAAAGAGAAAGCAGCAGAAGGAAAUUCAAUAAAAGAGUCAACUGAAUAUGUAGAUGAAGACCUGUUACCAAAAGAAGUGACGGUACGAGAAAUAAAGCCUCUGGUACGGUUUGAUCAGAAAUCAUCGGAUGAAGAAACGUACGGUUGGAGUCCGAAGAAUCAAAAAUUGAAAAAGUCAAUACCAAAUACAUAUGGAUGGAUGGCGUGUAGACUUGUGACCGUGACUUUGCUGUGCUUCGUUCUCGUGGUUCCAUUAUCGAUUGUGGUUCAUGUCACAUUCGAGAAAAGUGGGACCCGAUCAAGGAUAAAAAACGAUGACCUAGGACGGUCUGACUGGAGACCACCUAAAGAUCGUUCAGAUUCAUCAGGGGUACAGGAAAAUGCGUCAAAACUGCGUGAGCGGAGCCGACUUAAAGAGUCUGAUGCCAUAAUCGAGGAACUUCGGACACGAUCACGGAUGGAAAACGCUGACUUAGGAUGGUUUAACUGGAGACCACUUAUAGAGGCGGUUAUACUUGUGCCAGUGAUUUUGCUUGUAUUCGCUCUCAUGGCUUCAGUGUCCAAUGAUCGUUCAGAUUCAUCAGGGGUACAGGAAAAAAGCGUCAAAACUGCGUGAGCGGAGCCGACUUAAAGUUUCCCAGAAAAAUUAAAGAAAAAGCAACCCUGCAGUGUGAAGAUACAUGAAGGUACCUUUUGCUGCGACAUGAUGAAUUCGAAAAUCUUUUCACACAUUGUUUGCGGUUUAUUAUGUAUGGGGCUUAGUGGUUCGACAUAUGUCGGGACGUCAGUAGGACCAGAAGCAGCUGAUCCUGGAAGCACAAUAACGGUUUUGUGUAGAAAUAAAGGAUUGCUUUCUGAAUUGGAUACAAUAACUAUGGCCUACAUGAAUGAAACUUUAUGGAGUUAAGGUGUUAAUGAAGGGUUACAUUUUUAUUUGCCGACGUUUGUUUAGAUAUAGAACCAUUUAAAACAAAGCACAGUCGGCUAAAUGCUGUCUACACACGUAUUUUCUUUAAAAGUUUUGAAGUUCUAGUUCGGAAUCCAAUGUUAGUGCUCCUGUGUGUGAAAAGAGAUUAUGGACAUCCCACAAACGCUGGAUCCUUGUGUUUUAAAUGUAUCUAGAAAACAUAUAGAAAGUAAUUUUGCAUACUUCCGGAAAAGAUGUGCUGUAAAUGUAGUCCAAAGUCGGGGAUGUAGUACUGUCAGUCAAUGAGUGUUGCAGAUCAACCAACGGAUACGGUACGUCGGGAUUUAAUGUGGAACAAUGUUGUAGUCAUCGCAACACAUAACAGAUCAAGUUGCGGCAUCAAUGUGAUUGGUGUACAAUUUGUCACAAACGCGAAAACAUGUACAUCGAAGAAACAAUAAUUCCAUUACUAAAACAACGUGUAUUCAGUGUAAAUAAAACAAAUAGCUCUCAGUAGUUUUAUUGAUUAUACCUUAAGUUGCAUCACAGAAAAUAAAAGCAAGUGAUAUUCAAACUUAUGAUGAGAUGUGAACAGUUGAACCAUGUAUCGCUUAAAAUAUAUUACAUGUCAUGUCAAUCUGCAAACACGUUGGUUCCUAUGCAUGAUGUCGAACAAAGUUAGAUAGUUGUAUUUUAUUUUGUCAAAACUUGUCUCAAUUGAUGGCUUAUUCAAAGCAAGCUUGUUAUUGAUUGUAAAUAUAAUAUAUACUCGUACACAGCUGGAAAAACAAUAUCGGACACCCCUAAUAUGGUCGAAUAUGGUUUUCCCAGCUGUGCACUCGUCCAUAUUUAUUCUCUACAUUUUUAUUUAACAUAUUAGCAUGAUUUCUUUAAAGGGACUGUCUCACAGAUUUGCACAAAAAAAGAUUUUUUCUGUAACAUAUCUCAGGACAAUUAUCAAAUAGAAUGUGUUACGCUUUGACCUCAAAAUUGCAAAAAAAAUACCAAAAUGUUAAACAAAAAAUGUGACGGAGACCGGGUUCGAACCCGCGUCGCCUAAAUUGAAGUCCGAUGUCUUCCCUACUGCGCUUACAAGCAUUAUACUAAGGGGUGACAUAACUAAGCUAUGAAUCUACCUCAGUAAUAUCACGUGAUAACACCGAAUAGCCAAUCUUGCAUAAGGAAUGAAUUCUACCCGGUAGAUAUACCCAGUAAAACAAAUAAUGGAAAAUACGAAAUAAAUGCUAAACUUAAACAAAUUGUAAACUAUGUAGUACUUCAAUAAGUAAGUCUCAAUGCAUCGUACACAUCGAUGACAAGUUUAAGUCAUGUUUCGACAAUUUUUAUUUCGCUACUUUUUCAUCUGUGAGACAGUCCCUUUAAAGCGUUUUUCGCUGUUUCUUCAUCUAUUAAGUCAUUGAUAUCUGAUUGUCUGAGGAAUCAUGUCACUCUUACUAUAAGAGCGUCCGUCGAUCUCUACUUUCAUUCGGAACCAUUUAAUUCCAUUCGGUCUUUAUUGUUGGUAAAACAUGGGUCGAUUUAAUCGUAUUAUAGAAAACUUUUUGGUAUAUGUAAACGCACGUGCUCCUAGAUAUGCACAUAUAUUGUAUGUUCACGUGUUGAAAGGAUAAUCUAUGAUUGGACGUAAGUUAUUUUUGUUGUUUUUUCACUGAAUUAGUGAAAAAAUAUAUGUAGUAUGUAAACUCUUUAAUGGUUAUCGCGUGUUUUAUACUAGUGUUCAUUUGUACGUUUCUUGUAGUGUGCCUUUUUCACAAUAUUCCGAGCGGAAACCUCGGGUUAUAUUAUAUUUAUGUGCCACUGGUAAAUGUAAUUAACAUUAUCAUUAUCAUUAUGUCUAUGCAUUAUUGGUAUGUUUCAUUUUUCCGUUAGUUACUUUUUACCUAUAAACGCUUAGCCAUAAUGAUUAACAGUUGUUAUACACAUUUUGAGAAGCUGUAAAUAUAGAAUAUAUCAUUA